UGGCAGAACACGGGACGAGGUGCACGCAGCAGCAGUGGAAAGGGACAAAACUUGUGGUAAGAAACAAGCAAAUUCACAACAUCUUUCGUCCGGAAAAUGAGUGAAGUCAGUGUCAAUACCAAGUAUUGAUGUUUUUGAGUAUGGGUGCAGUUUUUCAUAUUUUGCUGAAGAUUUCGUUCGUUGAUCUAUGGGCACUUCUCAUGAAACUGAUGAUUUUUGACGAUUGGAAAUUGAUUGAGUUGGCACCCAGCUGUUUUGAGUUACAAAACACAAUGGCUGAAUGCGGAAGUGUAAUCCAAAUACCACAAUGUUGACAUGUAAUUUCUGACAGGAAAAUGUCCUUGGGCUGUGACAACUUUUAGCCAUGGACUCCCAAGGUGGAACUGGAAGUGUAACUGGCAGUAUUGAUAACAUGCCAUUAAAACUAGAAGAAAGGGUGCAGGAUUUAACAUUAGAGUUAGACGGCACGAUGAGUAACAAUGUUGGAAAGGUCAAAGAGAUUUCUGCUGCUGAAACUGGUGAGCAUGGUGAGCUGUCAAGAGGCAUGGGCAAGGCACCACCGUCACAGGUUACUGUUGUCUCUGUGAGCCAAGGAACCCACCCAGAACACCAUAAGAUAAAUGGAGGUUCGGACUUGUGUUUUGAAGAGGUGGAGCUGGGAUCGAACAGUGUUGAGAACAGUCUUAAAGAUGAGUCCGCAGACGAAGUAAGAAUAGUGAAAAGAAAAGUCUUUCCAAGUUCAUCGAGGGCAGUUGAGGAGCGAGGGGAUCUUCCAAGUCUCUCUGCGGCGCCUGUGAAUCAUGAAUCGGUCAAAAGAACUAGUGUAGAGACGUCAAACUCAAUGGAAGCUACCGAGGCUAGUUCAUGUACAGCAAUAAGAAGGGAUCUUGCCAUAAGUGGACUUACAACUGCUGCAAAAAGUAAAGAUGCAAUAAUCUCAGAUCAGGAUUUAGUAUUACGACACCAAUACGAACGGACACCAGGGGAUGGGGCAGAGAACCCAUUGGACGCAUUUGUAGCGCCCUCAACUCAAACAAACAGUGAUACAUUAUCCAAUACUGCGUUGUCAGAGUCGGAUGAAGAGUCCCAUUCAACUGACUUGCAUCCAGCAGUGUUGGACGUAACAAGCAGCGAGGAGCAUAUCUUGGGCGAUCUUGAACUCCAAGAUGAAAAUCCCUCGUCUCCUGCAACCAUCGAUGUUGUCACUCUCAGCCCCCAGGAAUUUGUUAGCUCUAACCUUAAAAGACCCAAAUCACUCGAAGGUUGUUUUAAUCUUGACGCAAACAGCCCCAGAUGGACCUCCCCAGAUAAGUCUCACUCCCUUAGAACAACUCCCUCCGCCAGUACCCCACGUUUUCUUGAUGAAUUCACCGAAGCAGGCAAGGCUGCUACGGAUCAGCUUCAAGAAACUCUCUCCGGAUUGGCACAAGAGGGCCAAUUUGACUCCAAGAACCCCCGCCUGUCUGGUAUCCUUCAACAUGAGCUCAGAUCGAGGGCUUCGUUCACGAGCGUCUCAAGCCUGAGCACUGACUAUUCAUCAUCUCUUGCCACGGACGAUCUUAGCGACACGAGGGAAAGCUUAGAGCCAGGCUUUGUGGAAGUGAGUCUUCAUAAUCAAACAAGCACAGGAGAUCACUGGGCCUUUGCGACCCAAGGAGCCAAACCCAAGAAGAGAGGCUUAGCUGGGUUCUUAUCAAGAAAUCUAUUUCCAUGGAAAUCAUCGGGUAAAUCUGUAGCUGUCGAGCAGGCUGACGGGCCGACAGGCACAGGAUGGAAGCUGUUCAGCCGUAGUCCUGCCAAACAGGCCGUACAGAGUAAGCAGUUUGAUGUGGAGUACCCACCUAAGGGAAAGACACACCCCCCUUCGCUGUCUUUGAACUGGCGGAAGAAGCAAUCGGGUAUGAGGCCUGCGUCUUCCACGACGGCGUUGAUCCUUGAGAAUAGACCUCUGAAUCUGCCAGCCAAAAACCCAGACGAGGAACAAAAACACAAAGAGCAGUAUGAGGAGAUGGUCAAAGGAGCUAAACAAAAAGAGAUGAAGGUUUACAAGCAGCAGAUGAAGAAACUUGCCAAACAGCUCAAGUACGAGGAAGGAAUCAAGACAUUGCUGCACGUAUGGCAAGCGGAUAUCUUAAAGGGAUGGGACACUGUCAAAGGUAAUAAGAAGACUCGAGACAUGUGGUGGCAGGGGAUCCCACCAAGCAUCCGCGGUAAAGUCUGGAUGUUGGCCAUCGGUAACGAACUCAACAUCACCCCGGAACUCUUUGAGAUCUUCUUAGCGAGGGCCAAGGACAGGAUCAAGGUGUUUAGCGAACCGGACAUCGAAGAUGCUGAGGAAGUUCAUGAGGCCAGCAGAGAGGACAGUGUUGAUGUUAUCCGACUUGAUGUAUCUCGUACUUUUCCCCAUCUGUGUAUUUAUCAAAAGGGAGGUCCCUACUUUGAUCGUCUUCACAGUGUAUUAGGUGCUUAUGCAUGUUACAGACCAGAUAUUGGUUAUGUACAAGGUAUGUCAUUCAUCGCAGCAGUUUUUCUGCUGUACUUAGAGCCUGCUGACGCUUUCUGCUGUUUUGCUAAUGUUCUCAACAAGUCUUGCCAACUUGCCUUCUUCCGUCUAGAUCAGCCUGUGAUGCAGUCGUAUUUUGAUACGUACGAGGAAUACUUUGAGGAUAAUCUUCCUGAUCUGUACAACCAUUUUAAGAACCAGUGCCUUACCCCCGACCUUUACAUCAUUGACUGGAUGUACACCUUAUAUACCAAGUCACUUCCUUUAGACGUUGCCUGCCGCUUCCUAGAUGUCUUCUUCAGGGAUGGGGAGGAGUUCAUUUUCAGAACAGCUCUAGGUAUUCUCCAUCUCUACGAGGACAUCCUUCUUUCUUUAGAGUUCAUUCAAAUCGCUCAGUUCCUCACUAAGCUCCCGCUCAUCGAGUGUGAGGUCCUCUUUAGGAGUAUUGAAGUUAUCGAUAUACAUCAGAAGAAGUUUAGUCAGGUGUUGACGAAUCACAUGGCCAACAAUAGCCACAAUCAGUAGCGUCUGCAAUCAGCCUAAGACCAACGAGCCACUGGCAGUCGAAAACCAUAGAAAUAGAAUCCGAAGAACGCUGAGUGUCUCAUUGGGCGUGCGGUUUCGUUGUGAGACCAUUUUUAUGGAUGCGCAUACGGCAUUUUUGUGUGGGAGUAGGGCAAUAGGGCAAUUGACCAAUGAACACACUAGAGACGGUCUAUGUGCACUGACAUCUUGCCAUUUUGCCAAACACGCGUGUCACGCGAUGAUCAUUUUGACAUACACGCAGAUCGCGGAUCUCCACGCCAUGAAGGCCUUGACUUGGUCGGCCUUGCAAUGACACAAAAAAACAGUCCGUGCCAGGCUUUGUAGGAUUAUGCUGCACUUGAGCUAUGACUAUUCGGAACAUGUCAGUCGCUGUUUUUUUAUUAUUAUGACCCUAGUUCAAAAUAAUCGCAUCAAUCGCUGGAAAAAAAAUCAAGCCGGAAGAGUAAAAUAAUUCUGUUCCCGACAGCCUAGAACCAAUUAAUAAAUUUAACAUUGAGAACUGUAAAGGUCUUGAUUGGUUUUGUUUUGCAUUACAGACCAGUGUAAGGUUGCGCACCAAUAUGCGUUUUGGUUAUUAAUGCUGGUCUUUGGUCGGGGGUGACCCAUGGCGCACGUGUAAGCUAGAAUAUGUGAGCCUGUCCAAUGGCAUUCUGCACAACUCUGCUGCGCGCCAAGCAUACGCGCACACAUGUCAGACUUUAUUUUGUCAGACUUUUGGUGGCGCAAUGGGUUGUGAUUGGUCAAUACGCAAUGGGGCAGAGCUUAAUGGAUCGGUCUAUUCCAACGUUUCUAUGAUAGUCAUGGCUGUGACUAGGUCCCCUGUGUCUGUACUUUUAAAUGGAAGCCAUAUUCAGCAGCCACAGCCAAGAUCCAAAGCCAUUAACUUUUCCUGUAGCUGUUAGUUUUCAAGUAUCAUACAGGAGGGAAACUGACCUGGGGAAAUUUCUUUAAAAGUUUUAGUUGAACAAAUACAAACUCACUAGAUCAGGUUUUAACCAUGCGACUUCCAGAUGAAUGUGCGGGCGCUCUACUUUAACAACUGAGCCAUUUAGCCCUAAUGUUGUAGAGUUUCCCUUAUUUGUCAAUAUCUUUGUUCGCUGUAGUUUUUUUGUACUGUGUAAGUACGUUUUUUGUUUUUUUCAUGCUUUGUGUGUGUGAGUGUGUUAGCAGAAAAUGUAUCGGAAUUGCAUAAGGUAUUUGUAAAAAUUGAAGAGCGCAUGGUGUAAGGGGAUGUUGGGGCGGAGGUUAAAUGUCGUCAUGAUUUUUUUCGGCAAAGAUUUUAUGCAAAGAGGCUUUGUUACAUCAACGAAACUACUGUACAGAUAAUUUAUGGCUUGUAUUAUUCAGAAGUUAGUUUCAAGUUAGGAGGUCAUUUAUUAAAGAGCUAUGAUUUUGAUAAACCCAGUGGGUUCGAAUCCCACCCAAGUAACAUGCCUGUGAUAUUUCUUCACAGGACUCGGGGAAAGUUCUGAGUUUACAGUGCCAGUACACAUCGGUAUAUGGGUAAAAAAAAAUAAAAAAUAUAGCGCUUGCACAGUAAGACAUAAGACAUAAAAACUUAACAAACUUUAUUAUUCUCCAGAAAGAAGAAAUUAUAUUGCACGCACAGGUUUAAAAAGCACCACCAAAA